CACGUAUGAGAAAUGAAACAUCAAUGUAAGCAACAAGCAUACCAUAUAACAUUGACAAACACAAAGAAGUUCGUUUCACACACUACAUAUCCAGCCACAAGAAAUAGUGACUUCGAAAAAAACCAUCCCACAUAUUCGGGGGCUUUAUUACAACAUUCUAAGCACAAACAAUGGACAGCCAAAUGACUGACCUGCUGCAAGGAAACCGAUCUUAUGACACAUGACGAGGGAAACGUAGAACACACUUUAUUUAGUACUUGGUAGUUUUAAUAACAUGGCAAGAACAACCACAUUAUUGUGGACGCAUGGCAAGACGCGAGUUAUGUUUAAUCGUCAUAGUGCUUGCGAUGGUGGCGAUGGCGAUGCUUGUGGCUAUCCUCAUCUCAGAUAACCAUCCAGAUCCAGAGUGCUCCCCAAAUUGCUCAAACCUUGAUGAACAUAAAUCUUCAGAGAUUGAAGUUGUUGAAGCCUCACUGUCUGAUAAACAUUUUUGGAAAAACAUUGCUGAUAUUGUGAAUCAUAAUGUUGUUCAGAGAAUUGGUUUUCCUGUUUUUGAUAAAAUAAGGUGGGAUGAAUUUGACUUGGUAAAUAAGAUUGGGUUGCAGUCUCAACAAGUUGCAGACGCCAGUUAUAUUGAAUCUGGACUUGCUACUCCUGAAAAGCAGGAAAGGUUGGUACCACAAAUAUCAUUUCUUACGCUUCAGUUUAUUCCCAUUUUUCAGAUUGUGAGAUCAAACUGCCAGAACGUUACAAUCACGUGAAGAGUUGCUGUAAUAAUGGUUGCAUCAGGUGUGUUUGGAUCCAUUUGGGGAGCAUGUAGUACAUUGUAGAGAGCUACCGAGGUUUAAGUGUCGCCAU